AACCAAUUGGAUUCUGUGUUGCUUUAUAUUGAGUGUUACCCGUGAUUGUAAGAGUGUGUGUGGGAGACAUGGACACGCUGGCACGCAUCUCGAACAACACUCCCAUCUCAUGCAUCCACACGUUUCGUUCCCAAUCCCCUAACUUCCCAACCUCUCUCGCCAUAAUCCGGGUCGGGCGCGGGUCGUUGACUCCAAUUCGGGCGUCCACCACGAGCACGGAGAGAGGGGAAGUUGUAUUGCCACCGCAACGCGAGGACGACAAGCAACUGCAGAAGGGAAUAGCCGAGUUCUACGACGAGUCGUCUUCCAUAUGGGAGAAUAUUUGGGGCGACCACAUGCACCAUGGCUUCUACGACCCGGAUUCCACCGUUUCGGUUUCGGAUCAUCGCGCGGCUCAGAUCCGAAUGAUCGAAGAGUCGCUUCGUUUUGCCUCUAUAUCUGAGGAGCGUACGAAAUGGCCGAAGAGAAUAGUUGAUGUUGGAUGUGGCAUAGGGGGCAGUUCCAGAUAUUUGGCCGAGAAAUUUGGGGCAACCGGCGUCGGUAUCACUCUCAGUCCUGUUCAAGCUCAAAGAGCUAAUGCUCUUGCUGCAGCUCAAGGAUUGGCUCACAAGGUUUCUUUUGAGGUUGCUGACGCUCUGCAGCAACCAUUCCCUGAUGGACAGUUUGAUCUGGUGUGGUCCAUGGAGAGUGGAGAGCAUAUGCCUGACAAAACUAAGUUUGUUGGAGAGUUAGCUCGGGUAGCAGCACCAGGUGGCACCAUAAUAAUCGUAACAUGGUGCCACAGGGAUCUUGGCCCUGAAGAACAGUCCCUACAACCAUGGGAACAAAAUCUGUUGAAGAAGAUCUGUGAUGCGUAUUAUCUUCCAGCCUGGUGCUCAGCUGCUGAUUAUAUCAAAUUGCUUCGGUCCUUGUCACUUCAGGACAUCAAGUCAGAAGAUUGGUCUCGCUUUGUUGCUCCAUUUUGGCCUGCAGUGAUACGCUCAGCCUUAACAUGGAAGGGUCUCACUUCCCUCUUGAGCAGUGGACAAAAAACGAUAAAAGGAGCUUUGGCCAUGCCAUUGAUGAUAGAAGGAUACAAGAAGGGUCUCAUUAAGUUUGCGAUCAUUACAUGUCGAAAACCUGAAUAAAUUGAGAGGCAGGAAUAAGCCUUUAUACACAAUGAAGCCGGUUUCGAACAGGUCAGUUAUGUGCAUAGUUCAGGAAGAAACCGGAGAAAAAAAAAUUAAAGGGCUUGGGUAUUACUAAUACUUUUAUUUUUCAUUUUUUAGUUUUCUACACAUGCAUAGAAUCAAAGAUAAAAUCCCAUCCUGAGAGGGGUGAAAUUGAAGAUAGUUGCUGUUUGGACGUAGUGGCAUGUUCCAUUUCAUAUUAUUUCGAGUUCAGUGUUUAAUUUCA